AGACGGGCGCGCUCAGUGAGGGCGGGAGGAGAACAUGGCGGCCCCCUCGGCCGGGCAGGACCCCGCUCCCCGCCCUGGCGCGACCUCCUUCUCCUCCUCCUCUGCCUGCUCUCUCCGCUCGCCCGUCGUUACCUCCCCUCCUGGAGCCUUGUUUCUCUCCUCCCUCCGCCACCUUUCCCUCGGCCGUCCCUCUUGCCUUCAUUAACCUCCCUGGCUUGCCCACGCUAAUCCAAGUGUAAUUAAGCGGGGAACGACUGCUUAGUUUGCUGUUAGUCUUUCACAUAUCGCGCUGUCAGUCCUCCCGGGGGGCAGUCCUGAUGUCUAAAGGGAUCCUGUCACUGAAGUGGCCAGGACCUCAGUCUCCUGUAGUGUGAGGUUCUCUCGGAAAGACUUCCCGGUCUAAGAUUCUGGGUAUCCAGGGAGCUUUCAUCAUACAUUGUCUGCCAGAAUCGGCCCCAUAGCAGUGUAUGAUUAGGAAAAGCGAAGCUUGAUGUAUUUUGGCUGCAGGGGACAGCUGAGUUGAGACACAGCUCCGUGCCGCAAAGGGAUGUCGUCUAUGAGCAAUGAGAACAGUUAUAUUUCAGCUCUUACUUCCUCGGUGAGCGUCCUAAGAGGGACGCUCCUGGCCAUGAGUGGAAAAGGACUCAUCCUAUGUCAUUGCUGCUCUACGACAAACAACCCUGGGAAACUGCUGUGUUUUGUGUUCGGUGCCCAAGUCGGUUGAGGAGUGUAGAAUCUGUAGGGACCCUGCCUCCAUGGAGCCUGCACUGCCAGGCAGCCCAGUGAUGAUAAAGAGUGAAGCUGAAAUCUAGGAAGAUGAGCUCCAAGAUGGUCGUGGGUGAACCAGGGCUGAACUGGGACGUUUCCCCCAAAAAUGGCCUUAAGACGUUUUUCUCUCGAGAAAAUUAUAAAGAUCAUUCCAUGGCUCCAAGUUUAAAAGAACUAUGUAUUUUAUCUAACAGACGUAUGGGAGAAAAUUUGAAUGCCUCAGCAAGUUCUGUAGAAAAUGAGCCGUCAGUUAGUUCAGUAGCUCAAGCAAAGGAAAAAGUGCAAACCACAGUUGGAAUGGUUCUCCUUCCAAAACCCAGAGUUCCUUACCCCCGUUUCUCCCGUUUCUCCCAGAGAGAGCAGAGGAUUUACGUGGAUUUGUUGGUUAGGUACGCAAAGAUUCCUGCACAUUCCAGAGACGUUGGAAUAAAUAAAAGUGACUAUUUGCAGUACUUGGAUAUGAAAAAGCAUGUGAAUGAAGAAGUUACUGAAUUCCUGAAGUUUCUGCAGAACUCUGCAAAGAAGUGUGCACAGGAUUAUAAUAUGCUUUCUGAAGAUGCUCGUCUCUUCACAGAGCAAAUUUUAAAAGCUUGCAUUGAACAAGUGAAGAAGUAUCCGGAAUUCUACACUCUCCACGAAGUUACCAGCUUAAUGGGAUUCUUUCCAUUCAGAACAGAGAUGGGAUUAAAGUUAGAGAAGACUCUUCUGGCACUGGGCAGUGUAAAAUAUGUGAAAACAGUAUUCCCCUCGAUGCCUGCAAAGCUGCAGCUAUCAAAGGAUAACAUAGCUGCCACUGAGACACCAGAACAAACAGCUGCGGCUCUGCAGGAUGAUAUUAGCAAAGAUCCAAAUGCACGGAAGCUUGUUUCAAGGUAUCACCCACAAAUCGCCCUAACUAGUCAAUCCUUAUUUACCUUAUUAAAUAAUCACGGACCAAGCUAUAAGGAACAGUGGGAAAUUCCCGUGUGCGUUCAGCUAAUAUCUGUCGCAGGUUCAAAACCAGUUAAAGUAAUAUAUAUUAAUUCACCACUUCCCCAAAAGAAGAUGACAAUGAGGGAGAGAAAUCAGAUCUUUCAUGAAUCCCCGUUAAAAUUCAUGAUGUCCAAAAACUCGUCUGUCCCCGUCUCUGCAGUAUUUAUGGACAAACCUGAGGAAUGUAUAUCUGAAAUGGACAUGUCUUGUGAAAGUAAUGAGUCUCGAAAAAUUGAAACUCUUGAAAAUUUGGAUCUGGAUUUUGAUGAUGAUGUCACAGAACUUGAAACUUUUGGAGUAACCACCACCAAAGCAUCAAAGUCACCAAGUCCAGCAAGUACUUCCACAGUCCCCAACAUGACAGGUGCUCCCAUAGCCCCCAAGGUGGCAGCCACACCUGUGGUAGCAACUGCACCUAACAUUCCUGCUCACUCUAGAAGUUUAUCUCAGAUUCUGUUGGAGCAGUUGCAGAAGGAGAAACAGCUGGUGGCAGGCGCAGACGGCGGCCCUGAUGAGGGCAAGAAGAAUGGGGAUCAGGCAGCUGGAUUGUGUGGUGACAACAUAACAAAUUCCGACAAGCCUCUGAUGCAAAAUGGGGAACCGGAAACAUCUGCCUUGCAGUCAGAAAGCUCUAAGACGAAGGAGAUUGAAACCUCUCGUAAAAGUGAUCUGGGUCCUGAUAAAGUAAAUGCCGAUGAGAGAUUAAAUGUCCUAGAGAAUACAGGCAAUUCAAAGGAAACCACUGCUGCAUCAGAGACAGAUCAAACUCCAGAUGUCAUUCCUUGUGAUAGUGAUACAGAUGAAGACUGUUUAGUUAUUGAUACAGAGUGUAAAAAUCCUAGUCAUGGGAAAACAGCUGUUCCGGGUUCUGAGUUAAGUCCUAAACCAGCUAGCUCACAUCCCUCCUCAGGACAGGCUUCCACAGGCAACCAGAGUAAUACCACUUGUAACCCCGAAGAGUCGUGUGUUUUAAAAAAACCUAUCAAAAGAGUAUAUAAAAAAUUUGAUCCAGUUGGGGAAAUUUUAAAAAUGCAGGAUGAACUCUUAAAGCCAAUUUCCAGAAAAGUUCCUGAGCUGCCCGUCAUGAAUUCAGAAAAUCCUAAACAGCUGCCUGUCUCCGAGCAGCCCUCUGCUCCUGCAGACGACGUCUCUGGCUGGCCAAAAUCUCUGUGGCCGUCUGCAUUUCAGAAGCCAAAAGGACGAUUGCCAUAUGAACUUCAGGACUAUGUUGAAGAUACAUCAGAAUAUCUAGCUCCUAAGGAAGGAAAUUUUGUUUAUAAGUUAUUUAGCCUUCAAGACCUGUUGUUACUCGUGCGUUGCAGUGUCCAGAGGAUAGAGACGAGACCACGUUCUAAAAAACGGAAGAAAAUCAGAAGACAAUUUCCAGUUUACGUGCUCCCAAAAGUGGAGUACCAAGCAUGUUACGGAGUUGAAGCUCUGACUGAAAGUGAACUGUGUCGCUUAUGGACUGAAAGCUUAUUGCACUCCAACUGCUCAUUUUAUGUUGGUCAUAUUGAUGCAUUUACUUCAAAGCUUUUCCUGCUUGAAGAAAUUACCGCAGAAGAAUUAAAAGAAAAACUAUCAGCUCUCAAGAUUUCAAGUUUAUUUAACAUCCUCCAACACAUCCUAAAGAAAUUGAGUAGCUUGCAGGAGGGUUCCUACUUGUUAUCUCACGCAGCAGAAGAUUCUUCGCUCCUGAUCUACAAGACCUCCGAUGGAAAAGUGACCAGGACGGCGUACAACUUGCAUAAGACGCACUGUGGCCUGCCUGCUGUGCCUUCCAGUCUCUCGGUUCCCUGGGUGCCAUUAGACCCCAAUCUCUUAUUACCGUAUCACAUCCAUCACGGAAGAAUACCUUGUACUUUUCCACCUAAAUCACUAGGUCCCACAGCACAACCAAAGGUUGCUGGAACAAGAAUGCAGACGCGUAGCCGCAGGAAUCCGGUUUCCAUGGAAACCAAAAGCAGUUGCCUGCCUGCUCAGCAAGUUGAAAAUGAAGGAGUGGCUCCAAAUAAAAGAAAAAUAACUUAAGGGCUGUACCACUGAAAAUGAAGUUCCAGAGAAAACCAGUUCUAACAAUGUUAAAUUUAGAAAAAUGUGAGGAGAAAUAUGCCUAAAAGAGCAGUAGGCAAGAGGAAACUUUUUAUUUGAGUGACCUCGCAAGUUCCUGGAGUGCCUUGAAAACCUGUGUUGGCCAUGUGAACUGAAAAGGAAUGUUACACUCUUAACUCUCAUGUUUGAAGAGAAUCUAAAUGUGUUUUAACAUUCUCAUGGCAGGGAAAUAAAUGAGAAAGAAAAAUAUUUUUAUAGUAGACCUUUUCUAAAUAUUGUAAAUAGGAAACAAAUUUGCUUUUUUCAAGCACAGCAUUUACCAUUAUAUAUUAUUUUAAUAAUUUAAUUACAUCUCCAUUCUGUUGAGAUUGGCUGAAAAGGUAAAAUCUUGCCACUGUAUUUUUGAGCAGCGUGACCCUGUUUCUGACCUGUUGGGACCAUUUUUAUAUAUGGCUUUCAGUGAGAAUUGUUGCAGGUUAAUGAAGCUAAUAACAAAAACCUUUGUGAAAUUUUAUUGCAGGAGCCCCCAAAAAAAACCCUGCCUCUGAUAAGUCACAAGUUAUGUUUUCUUGUGGUGCAGCCAUCAGUUUGUUAAAAAAACCAUUUGUGGUUUAACAGGUUUGGCAAGAGCGCCUCUACCUCGGGGCACACACCCCAGCUGAGUACUGACACACACUCCUGAAAGCAAAGAGAUGUUUGUUUUCAGAAAAAUCCCUUUAUGCCCACUGAAAAGGUUAAUGUGUGGUGAAAACAUAAACUGUUUUUUCCUCAUCUAUGUUAAUUACAUUUUCCAGGCCCAUAUUUUAAAGAGUUGAAUGUGAAAAGGGGUGUGAUCAGCUGACAUUACUGUAGCCAGUUUGGACUUAGAAAAAUUUUAAUUUUUGCAUCCCUGUUAUUAUGCACUAAAAAUUUCAGAAAUCAUGUGCGUCAUCUGUGAAAUACAAGCUUUCUAAUCCAAGGCAAUGUUUGCUUUGUUUUUGAAUUUUUUUAAUGUGUUUUAUAUCAAUACAAGAAAGGAGGCCUUUAAAAAAUUGUCAACUAUUAUAAAUAACAGUUGAGAAUUUUUAUCUUCAACUACCAAGUUUUCUGUUUUAAUUUUUGGUCGGUUAUAAAAAUUUUUUAAUUAUUUAGUGAAUAAUAGUAAAGUUAUUUUAUGUAUUUUAAUAUAUCGUGUUCUCAUUCUGCAAUUCCUUUUUUAAGUGAUUAAGGUUUGUUUGGUAUUUAAUUGGUAUGAUCUUUUUAAAAAAACCUUAUUUUAGUCACAUGUCCCAGAAAUAUUUCAGUCCUGAAUCAUUUGGCAUUGAGCCAAGGGAGAGGCAGGACUUUCCAUAGAAUUUCUUCUUUUUACAAAGCUGGACAAUGAUUGCUUCAGACUUCGGAAUACCAGAAAGACUUGGCUUUCGUUUUUUCCAUACUGUUUUUCCCGUUGUAAAAUAUGUGGUCUUAUAAGUGAUUAUUUUGCAGUUAUCUUAGCCAUACAUUUGAGUAAGUAGUAAUAUAUAUAAACUUAAUUUUCUACUUUUGUUAAAUCAAGCAUUUUAAUAUAUAUAUUUGAUGAUGUCCUGUAUUGUUUUUCUUGAUUUUUAGUACCGAAAAUACAUAAGCAAGCAAGUAACAUUGACAAUAUGAGCAAAGAUAUUUAAAACAAAACAGAAUGGUUACAGCCCAUGUUGGCAAGGAUGUGAUGAACCUGGCCCACUUAUACUUCAGUGACGAAGCUAAAAUUUAUGCACACCUCCUGUAACAAUUCAGUAAGCAUUUGUGUACAGCUGUAUGGCAUGCCAUCGAAAAUAGGUCCCCACUGUUACUCACUCAUGAAGUUCUUUUUCACAUAUUACGAUAUUUAUUUGACUUCAUUAUCUGUCUUCUUGAAUAGACUACAACCUCCACAAGGGCAAAAACCUAAUAGCUUUGUUCAGUAUUGUAUAGCAAACACCUGACAUAGUACCUGUCAUGUAGUCUCUCAGCAUAAGUUAGAUGCAUGAAUAAAUCAAUAUGUAGAUGUCAAGGAUUUUUUUAAUUUUUUUUAGAAGCUCACAUUCCAGUAGAGGACAUAAGCCUGAAGAUAAACAAUACUGGUCUAUACAAUAAGCUGUGAUACAGUAAUGUAAUAGACACAUCUAACCCAAACCUGAUAGUUAAAGGGUUUCUGAAAUAAAACUUGAGCUGAGUCUUUUAAAAAUGAGCAGGAGUUGUACGGAAAGCAUGAACGAUGGUCCACAAAGAAAGAAGAGCAGCAUGUGCAAAGCAUGAGAGAUGGUCAGAUUGGAGGAUGGGAAUUUGAGAGGUGAGAGAGAGGUACAGGUCGGGGCAGACAUGCCAUGCUAAGACACUGGUCCUGAGCAAUGUGGAACCAGGAAUGGAUCUUAAUAAAAUGAUCAUAUAUUGGAAAAACUCUUGUGGGCAUUAGUCUAGAGAAUGGAACGCAGCUGGGAAGGGUGGUUGUUGUUGUUAGGUGCCAUCAGGUCGGUUCCGACUCAUGGUGACCCUAUAGUCGCUGGAAUGCAGCUGGGAAGGAUGGUAGGGAAGGAGAAAAAUGGGAACACUGCAUUGUAGUAAUUCGAAAACAGGCCCUGAAUUAAAGCAACAAGAGUAGGUGUGGGCUCAAGUGAUACAUAAGAGAAAAAAUGACAACUUGGUGAUGUAGGUGAUAGGGAGAGCCAAGUAUGACUGCCCAGUUUCUCAUUUGGGAUACUGGGUAAAUGAUGGCCCUAUUCAUUGAGAAAAUCAGGGGAGGAAUGUGGUCAGAGUGGAGAGAAAGUUAAAAAAGUAUUUUCCUUAACCAUUUCUACUCCCUGAAUUUAGGGUUUGGGUGCUGUUUAUCUAUUGCUACUUAUAUUGCACCAAAACUUAGCUAUCUAAAACAGCAAACAUUUAUUAUCUCACAGUUUCUGGGUCAGGAGUCCAGGUGUAGUGUAGCUGGGUGCCUCUAGCUCAAAGUCUCACAAGGUUGAGGUCAUCUGAAGGCUUAACUGGGGUUGGAGCAUCUGCCUCCUAAAGUCUCCCUCACAUGGCUGUUGGCGGGAGACCCCCGUUUCUCCCAAGUUGUUGGCGGUAAACCUCAGGUCCUCACCACAUGCACCGUCUAGGUCUGCUGGAGUGUCUUCACAACAUGGCAGCUGGCUCCCGCAAGACUGAGCAAUCCAAGAGAGAACAAAGAGGAAGCCACGGUGUCGUUUAUGACCCAGUCUUGUAAGUCAAACACUGUCACUAAAAGUCUACACUCUUAGGCUCCGCCUCUUGGAGGGAAAAGUAUGAAAGAAUUUAUGAACAUAUUUUUAAACCACCACAGGUGCUGUGAACAAUUUGGGAUAUAGAAGAAGAAACCAGUUCAGUGUGGACAGAAAAGAGAGGACACUUUUUAAUGUAUUAUCAAUAUGUUAAAUCUGAGUAGACAUAAUUGAUACCAAAGAUAGUUGAUGAUUUGGGUCUGGAUUAAACUUCCCACAACUGUAUUUUAGAGAGGAAUUUAAAGAAGAGCGUGAUCACCUGAUACUACUGUAGCCAAUUUGGAUUUACGGAGAAAGGAAAUUGUUUAAUUUUGGGGUUCCUGUUACUUAAUGUGCUCUAAAAGUUUCUCAUCGGUACAGAUUUGGGGAUCAUUGGUGUGUCUGUGGUGAUUAAAACCAAGGAAAAGAAGAGGAUGACACAGCAGAGGUGAUGGCAAUGAGAAGGGGGCUGUGAGCGGAGCCCUGGGUAAAACCAUAUAACUGCAAUGAAAGGAAAGAAGCCAUUGGCUAUUAAAAAGCCUUAAUAGCUUCAAGAAGAGAAGUUUCAUGGCUAGUAUGGAACUCUGAUUUAUAAACAUGAAGAAAUAGAAAGUGGAGACAGUGAAAUUCUUCAUUGCCAACUGAUCAGCAGAAAUUGAAAAUAGCAUUCAUUGCUCCUUGGAUCUUCUUUUGCAGAUGUAAUGCAAGUUAACACAUUAAUUUCCUUUAACCAGUCCUGCUUCUUGGAUUCCGUAACAAAUUCAAAUCCAUAGCAUAUAAGGAAGAGGAGCAGGUAUAGGGCCAACAGAGGGAAGAGAACAUUUUCGUUUCUUUUUAAUGUUUUAUUACCAACAUGCUAAAUGUAAAGUUUCUGAGGGACAUUCAGGUAAAGAUGUUUGCUGUAUGCCAUAGCUAUCUGAUGCUUUUUAAUCAAGCCUUGGAGUAUUUGAUAGCAAGAUUUAUUGAGUUUCUCAUUGAGAGGUAGAGAUAUGAGGAAGCAUUUCACCGAUCCACACUCUUGCCGUGUUCCUGGCUAACGUGAAGGCAUCUCAUCAAGAUACAUAAAAGCACACACACUGAAACAUCUACUUGGGGCUUGGGUCUCACCUGCCAGGCAGAGCUUACAAAAAGAAUUGAGGCCUAGGCCUUGUUUCUAGGCCCAGAAUCUAGGUUGCUCUGUCAAACAGGAAGAUGUCAACAGUCAAGGGUUCACCCUUGGUAGGUAUUAGUGUUUGUUUUAAAUACACGAGCUCUGUCAAAAAGUGAUCAAGCAAGAGGUGCAAAACAGUUAUUUUUUAUUUGUUUACUUUUGCUGUAGGUACAUGGUAUAGCCGGUUUAAUUCUCUAAGAAAUGAAGAAAAAAAAAAAAAAAGCCUGAGUAUAAAUCGUUUUGUAAGUGUAGAGAUUCUGUGAUACUAGGUUGAAUCCAACCUCUUACUUGAGACUCUGCAUUUCUUGGGGGGGAAGCAGCGAUCUUUUCCGUAUUCCCUAUCCUAGGUUUUGCUUACCUGAAAAUAUACAACACAGGAGCGAACGUGCGCUUUAAUCUUACGAGUCACGCUUAGUAGGGCCAAAUCACACUGAUGCUGUGGACUUCCGUUCCCUCUAGAGCACCACAUUAAUGGAACGGCAGCUCCAGCCAGGCUUUACCUUCUCACCGAUUAGCCAUUCGUGUCCCUGCCUGCAUGAUUUUGCUCAGGAAGCUACAUCUGCUUGGAUUUAUUAUAAAAAAAAAAAAAAUUUUUUUUUCUUUAUCAGAACCUUGCAAACCCUGGUGGCGUAGUGGUUAAGCGCUACGGCUGCUAACCAAAGAGUCGGCAGUUCAGAUCCACCAGGUGCUCCUUGGAAACUAUGGGGCAUUUCUACUCUGUCCUAUAGAGUCACUAUGAGUCAGAAUCAACUCAACAGCACUGGGUUUGGUUUUUUGGUUUAUCAGAACCUUACCUGUCGCCUAUCAAAUUGAUGAUGCAUUUCUGAGCAUUCAUUGGUGUAAUGUGUUAAACCGAUCUCAUGAGGUGUAAAGAUGAAUCAGAUUGGUUUCUGCCUUAGGGGUAUUCCCUGCUCUGGCUGGGGAUAGGGAUGGGCACGGUUAGCUGUAACAACGGGCAAAAUGUUCCCAGAGAACCUGGGAGUAAGAGAACCGUGUGGUACAAGUGACAUCUAAACUGUGUUUGAAAGACAAGGAGAAGAUGAAUAUGGACCAAAAAGGGAACAGGGCACUGCAGCAUGAGGGGAAAUCAGAUAAAAGGUGCUGAUUUUAGGAAACAAGUAUGCUCAUGACAAGCGUGGGAGUGAAAGAUGAUAAACAGGAGAAGUUGAGGAGGUAAAUUAGCGCUCUGUAGUGGGGAUCUUGGAUGUUAUCCCCAAAUAGUUUGAUUUUAUUCUGAAAGCAAUGAGACAUUGAAGGCUUUUUGAACAAGAUGCCAAUCAGUUUUAGGAAGGUUACAAGAGAAUUAUUUAGAGAGGAAGAGGACUGAUAACAAAGAGAUGUAGAUGAGAAAACCAUUUCAGACAUAGCACUGAUCAGAUUCGGCCCUCCCCCGAAAGGAAGGUUUCCUCAGACACCGUGCUGGGUGUUCGGAAUACAAAGAUGAAUUAGAAGCCCUCAACUGUUCACAGUUUCAUGGAAAGAGACAGCUAAACAAGUACAGAAAAAACAAUACAGGUAUUGUAAGUAGACUACAUAAAAGAAGUAGGGGUUGCUUCUACCCACAGGUGUCCAAAAAAAAAGAAUUUUUUUUGUUUUGUUUUUUUAAAUAAAUAAGGUGAUGCUUCAGUUGGAAACCUUAUCUUCUUAAGCUUUUACCCCUCUGUAUCUAGAGCCAAGCCUGGCAAAUAGUACACAUUCCAUAAAUGUAUAUUAAACUAUUGAACAAAUGUGUACAUGUUCUGCAAGCCGAUAGGGCCAGGGUAGGACUGGAAAGAGCAGAGUAAGGAAGAGAGGACACAGGAAAGGGAGCAUAUGGGGAAUUGUGAGGUGAGAGGAUUCAGAGACAGUUGAGAUUUCUAGCCUGAGUGCUGCCACUGGCUAAAUGAAAAUAUUAGAGGAAGAACAAGAACGGGGCUGAAAAGAUAGUGUUUUCAACCAAAGAUUAGCAAAACAAGGGGAUGUUCUGUAGAAUGGAAUUGUGGGCCUGCAACUCUGGGAAAGAGAUAGGCAUGUCAGGGCCCGCCUUUCGGCUGAUCCUCCAGGCAAGGCAGGGCUGGCAUGUCUGGAACCAAGCUGGUCUUCUUCCCUCCUCUUCCGCUUUUGUUGGGCCAAGAGGCUGAGAGUUUGGUUAUAUACUGCAUAAUUGAGCAAAUAAAUGAAUACACUGAGAAUAAUGGGAAGGGGGAUUUCAAUAAUAAACCGUGUAGUAUUGGAUUGGAAUUGGAAGUCUCAGUGUGAACUCUUGGCAUUUAACAUGUAGGUCAUGAGAGGUGGAGAAGGAGAUACAGCCAUGUGUGUACAUGUGCGUAUGUAUUUCCUAACUCUGCUGAGAUGACCUGGAAGCCAAUAACACUUCAGUAACAAUGAGCAUACCUAGCACCCAGGUCUGGGUUUCUAAAUCCCAUUCUUCACCAAAAGAAUCCAGGGCUUCUUGAAGAAGCUAAUUCUAAGAUGGGCAGGAAAAAUACAAGGUGAGCUUGGAACAUGAUGUUGCACUGGAAGGUAAGGAGGUGCCCAAAGAAUGAGCACAGGAGCUAGCUUAAAGGAGCUCCCAGGUCUGGGAAAAUGGUAGCAUCAAAUAGUGACAAUAAUGGAUUAUAAGGCUUUGAGUAAAAUAGAGAUCGAGUUCAUACUGAUAGAAAUGAAUAAAAUAAAUGAGGAGGAAGAAGAGAAUACUAUCCCACAGUAGAAUGCCAACCAGUAAAUCUAGAAGGAAUGAUGGAAUUAGAAAAAUCAUCAACUGGCAACCAUUACAGUAACAAUUGUUUUCCCUAGUGAUCAUCAAUGAAUGAUCAUGUGGGUGAAAUUUUGAUGACAAACAGGAAUAUUUUCAUAGUUUCCAUCUCCCCACAAAAUAGUUAUUACAUUUUUAUUAUUUAAUAAGUAUAGCAUACUUAUUAAAUUACUAAUGCCAGAGAAACUGGGCAGAAACUGUCUUAGCCAAGUGAUGAAAGUUAAUAUCACCAGUAUGAGACAAAUCAACACGAUAUGCACCAAUAAGACCACAACAUCACUUAUCUGGUGUAUUCCUGCCAAACGUGUCUAAAUCACGAGGGAAUAUCAGAGAAACCUAGACUGAGGGGUAGUCUAUAAAGCAGAAACCAGUUGCCCCUGGAGUCAGUUCCUCCUGGUCACUAAUCUUCAAAAAUGUCAAGGUCACGGAAGACAGAAACACUGUGGAACUGUUUUAGAUGAAAGAAGACGCUGAAUGUUGACUCACGGUCCUGGUCCAGUAAAGGACAUUACUUGAACAAUUGUCAAAACUCGAAUGGGGUUUGUAGAUUAGAUGGUAGCAAUGCAUCCAUGUUAACUUCUUGAUUAAAUGGUUAUAUCAGAGCGAGUCCUACAGUUACAUAAGUAAUGUCUGCAACGUAUUCUCAAAUUGGAGAAUUUGGACAGAGAUAUACUAACAGUUGGGGAGUCUGGAUGAAAGGUGUAUAGGAGGUGUGUGUGCUAUUUCUGCAAUUUUUAUAUAAAUUCGAGAUUAUUUCAAAACAAAAAGUUUUUAAAGAGUGUUAUCGACAGUGCCAGAUACUAUAGAGAGGUCAAGGAAGAUGAAGACUUAGAAAAAUGCUAUUGGAGUAGACAAUCAACAGCAGAUUCAGUGGCGGAGGGGAAUAGUCAACGGCACUUAGAGUGGACUGAGCAGUGAAUGAGGGAGGGGCCGCUUGGAGAUGCCAGUUUGUGAAGUUUAUUGAGGAAGGAAGGUAGGACGACAACCGGAAGGAAAACCCAGGAGGAAGGGUUUCAUUUUGGUUUUUAGAAUGAUGUGGGCAUAUUUUUGUUUACAGAUUAAGAGGAUCAUACUUGUAAACUGAAGCAAUUCAAAGAUGCAACAGAUAAGAAUUGGUGGAGAACUGGGGGAGGGAGUGUCAUUGGAACCCUUGGAUGGAGCUGGAGAAUUAGAUCAAGAUACUAGGUGUAAAGGUUCAACCCGGCAGGAGUCUCCAGUCCCCUUCUCUCUCCUCUCUCAAAAAAACCCUCUAUCCCAUCCACUGUGGUGUAACCAAAAACCCGCUGCCGAAGGGUCAAUUCCGACUCAUGGCGAGAGUGACCCCAGCUCCAGGGGUGGACCCUGAUAGGUCUAAUUUCCCUUUCUGUUGUGAUUUGUAUAGUAACUCAGCUCUAAACAUGGCAAACCUCUUGGGCCCAGGAAGUGGUUUAAGGGUAGUGCCCCAUCAGUUCAAAUCUCGGGACUCUUAUUAGACGUUUAUGAGAUGAGGCACUCUGAACAAAGAUGCACCAUAGCCCUGGUGCCCUCACAGCCUACUAUGGACAGAAGAGAUGCCACCCCGAGGAUGAGCUGUACACUCUGAAGGAGGAAGCAAGGAAGUUACGGGAAGCAUACCUAAAGCUGUCCCUACUCCUGGACUUUUUGGUUCCUUUAGCCAAUGCAGUUCAGAUCCGCCAGGCGCUGCUUGGAAACUCUAUGGGGCAGUUCUACUCUGUCCUAUUGGGUCGCUAUGAGUCGGAAUCGACUCGACGGCACUGGGUUUGGUUUUUGGUUUGGUUUUUUAGCCAAUAUACCUCUUUUACUGUUUACCAGUUUGAGUAGGCUUUUCAGUUACUUACAACCGGAAACAUCCUAAACAAUAAAGAAACCAUGAGGGAUCCAUCUGAUAACAAAGAGAGGAAAAUUCACAUAGUCCUGUUUUUAGUGUCUCAUACCUGAAAUUUAUAACCCAAGUCCACAAAAGUCUUUCCUCGAAAUUCCUACCCUGCUUAUUACAAAAUCACAAAUUCUAAAUAUCAGAUAUUAUCUCUCCUUAUUCUCUUUCAGUUGUUUAUAUCCAUCCUGAACAGACUGUGAACUCCGCCCGGGCUAGGCUGUGUCUUUAUAUGCCCGUGUAUCGAACCACAGGCCGAAUGCGGGCAGGGCUAGGCCGACAGUGGACAGUCAGCAAGCGUUGGAUCGUGCUGACUGUUGAGGGCUCUCCAUAAGCUGGCGUGUGCUUGGGCUGACUCCACCUGCAUUUCAGACCCCCCGGGUGGCGUAGUGGCGCAAUGGUUCAGAGCUCGGCUGCUAACCAACAGGUCAGCGGUUGGGAUUUACCAGGCGCUCCUUGGAAACCCUGUGGGGCACUCUACUCCGUCCUCUAGGGUCGCUAUGAGUUGGAGUUGAGUUGAGGACUUUUUUUUUUUUUAAGGUGGCAUAGUGUUUAAGAGCUCACCUGUUCACCGAAAGGUCAGCAGUUCAAAUCCACCAGCUGCUCCUUGGAAAUCUAGGGGGCAGCUCUACUCUGUCAUAUAGGGUUGUUAUGAGUCAAAAUCAACGACAACAAUGGGCUUGGUUUUUUGGUUUUGACUAACAAGGACAGCUCUAUGGCAGCUAUGAGCCCUGCACAAGAAAACAAAUAAAAAAAAAAAAGAAAGAAAACUUGUGUUUAUUAAAGGCCAUAUCAAUCGUCGCUCUAGAAAAGAAUAAGGUCCCAUGUUUUGGAUACAUGUUUACAGUACUGCCUAACUCGUGUAAAGUUACUCUGUCGCAUUUAAGAGCAACAAAGCAAGUACAAUUCAGGUUAGAUUUAACAAUUGGAAGAUACCAUUUUUCAAAACCUCUUUAAAUUCUACCUGGCAGCCCAAACUCUGUCUGAGCAUGAGUAUGUAGUCUGCGAUUCGUCCUGGGACAGCACACGCAAAAAAAGCUUAUCUCUUAUCGAAGGGAGUGGCCUGUGUCCAAUCACUGGUGUGCUGGCAAGAAUGUGCCUUCUCCUUUACACAACUCAUGAGGCCUCUGUCUGCAGAGAAUGUUCUCCAAAGCCAAGUAAACAAAUCAUCCACAGUUUGGCAAACUGGUCUUUCAACAAACCUCUGCCCAAAAAAGCUCCUGAAACUAAACUGUAAGGGUUGGUUUUUUUUUUUUUCCUAAUAAAGAUAAUGUUGUGUCCAAGAGCAGUCUCACCGACUGCAUAAUCCUUC